UACACUCAGCAGGUCAAGAACCGCUCUGUGAUUGGACAAGGGAGUCGGAAACUGGUGUAUCUACACAGAUUCCCCCUAUCAUGAGAUUCCAAUCAAAACACUGUGUUUGGACAAAGAAAGGUAGUGGUCUUUCUGUGAAAGUGGUAGAAGAUGGCUUCACGAGGGAAGACCGAAACCAGCAAAUUAAAACAAAACCUGGAAGAGCAACUGGACAGGCUAAUGCAACAGCUUCAGGAUCUAGAUGAGUGCAGAGAGGAGCUCGACGCGGAGGAGUAUGAGGAGACAAAAAAGGAAACCCUGGAGCAGCUGAAUGAGUUCAGCGAGUCCCUGAACAAAAUCAUGUCGGGAGAUAUGACUUUAGUGGAUGAACUCAGCGGAAUGCAACUGGCAAUCCAAGCAGCCAUCAGUCAGGCAUUCAAAACUCCAGAAGUAAUCCGAAUGUUUGCAAAGAAACAGCCUGGCCAGCUCAGGACAAGACUGGCGGAGAUGGACAGAGACGUUAUGGUCGGGCAACUGCCUCGCAAUGUUUACACCCUGCAGAAAGUGGAAAUCCUAACAGCCUUGAGGAAACUGGGAGAAAAGCUCACACCAGAAGACGAAUCAUUUCUCUCUGCUAAUGCUAGUGCCACACUAAGCCAUUUUGAAAAAGUUUCUGGAGAUCUUGGAUCUGGAGACAAAGUGCUUGCCCUGGCCAGUUCAGAAGUGGAAAAGGCGAAGAAGUAAAGCACUCCUUCUCACCCUGUCAAAGACUGUCAAUUCUGUUUACUCUCUUGGCUGUGAUCAGUCCAUCUUGUAUGAUUUGUUGAAAUUUAAGAAUAAAGGAGCCUUCUGGCUUGUGGUCUGACGAAGUGUGGAUUGUGGGAGACCAGCCUUUGUGUUGAUGGAAGCCGUUUUAAUCAGUACUACACAAUUUGGUGCAUCGUAUAUAUAAAUGUAUAUUUUGAAUUUUCUAACACUGUUGCAUGCCUUUUCUAGUCCAAACUUUUAUAAUGCUUUUUGUUAUUAACUUUGUGCAUUGUUUUAGUGAAAACACAAUUUAUUUCCAUUUGAAAAAGUACAAUUUCAUACAAAUUCAAUACUAUGCUUCCAGGUUUUUCCUUUUUUUAUUUCUAAUAAUUAUGGUUGCUUAAAGCUAAGUUUCAAAAACAUUUGACCAUGUUUUACUUCAGAAUCUACGAAACUACUUAAAGAUGUAGUUUAUAACCUCCAAUUGCUGCAAGUAUAACAAUAGCAGAAUCGAUUAGCAUACAGCAAGUAGGGAGAAAGCGUGUGUCUUUACAGAUCAUAAUAAUUUAGAUGGUGUAAACAAAUGGACUAUCAACAAGGUCUGUUUUCUUCCUGAAAAUGUAGAGUGCCCACAGGGUCAUGCUGUGGAAGACUGGGGGCAAUAGACAUUUUAUAAGAACAUAAGAAAGUUUACAAACGAGAGGAGGCCAUUCGGCCCAUCUUGCUCGUUUGGUUGUUAGUAGCUUAUUGAUCCCAGAAUCUCAUCAAGCAGCUUCUUGAAGGAUCCCAGGGUGUCAUUUAAUGUACACUUGGAAAAUGAACUGUCUUAAUAUCGUUCAUUCUUAAAACCGAGGUAUAUUUUUAAAGAGUUUUCAUUUUUUAAUAUGUUUUAAAGCAUUGUUUUAAGUUUUUUUUUUUUUUUUUUGGACAAAACUGUAUGUCUUCCACUUGUCUGUGUUUGUAUUUUGGUGGAUACAGUUAGCCUGUGCUCCACGUGUUUCCAUAGGUUAAAAGUAGUAGCACAUUUUGAAUUCACAGUCACUUAAAAAUUGCACUAAACUGUAUUUCCAUGUGAACACUUUUUAAACUUCUAUGCAGUUUGUGACUGUACUAAUCUUGUCCAAAACAUGUAGACUUUUUGUGUAUGAUACAACAUGUAAUAAUGAAUGUAUUGGGGUAUAAAGAAGUCUGUUUUAACCUUUUUUUUUGUAAUACCUGCUACUAAAAUAAUGACAGCACAAGCUGUUUUUGUUUGGUAAAAUAUUUGUACGUUUACAUCAUACAAUGGACGUAUUUCAAUUGUAAUAAAUGGUGUUGUUAAACAAA